UUCAGUUUCAGGCUGAAGACGAGGAAACAUGGAGGUCCAGGUUCAGGAGGAGGUCCAGGUUCAGGAGGAGGUCCGGGUUCAGGAGGAGGUCCGGGUUCAGGAGGAGGUCCGGGUUCAGGAGGAGGUCCAGGAUCAGGAGGAGGUCCGGGUUCAGGAGGAGGUCCACGUUCAGGAGGAGGUCCACGUUCAGGAGGAGGUCCACGUUCAGGAGGAGGUCCACGUUCAGGAGGAGGUCCAGGUUCAGGAGGCGAUCCGGGUUCAGGAGGAGGUCCACGUUCAGGAGGAGGUCCACGUUCAGGAGGAGGUCCAGGUUCAGGAGGAGGUCCACGUUCAGGAGGAGGUCCACGUUCAGGAGGAGGUCCACGUUCAGGAGGAGGUCCAGGUUCAGGAGGAGGUCCACGUUCAGGAGGAGGUCCACGUUCAGGAGGAGGUCCGGGUUCAGGAGGAGGUCCGGGUUCAGGAGGAGGUCCACGUUCUGGAGGAGGUCCACGUUCAGGAGGAGGUCCAGGUUCAGGAGGAGGUCCACGUUCAGGAGGAGGUCCACGUUCAGGAGGAGGUCCGGGUUCAGGAGGAGGUCCGGGUUCAGGAGGAGGUCCACGUUCAGGAGGAGGUCCAGGUUCAGGAGGAGGUCCAGGUUCAGGAGGAGGUCCACGUUCAGGAGGAGGUCCAGGUUCAGGAGGAGGUCCAGGUUCAGGAGGAGGUCCACGUUCAGGAGGAGGUCCGGGUUCAGGAGGAGGUCCGGGUUCAGGAGGAGGUCCGGGUUCAGGAGGAGCUUCAGCUGUGCAGGACUUCAGACACCAAACAUUCCUCACAGAUAAAACGCUUGUUGUGGACGUCGUUGCAGGCUGGAUUACAGAAACGUUACAUGGACGUUAUAUCAAUGUUACAUCAUGCUUCAGAUGGUGGAGGACGGAUGGACGAUGCUGGUCGUUUAAUCAGCAGAACGAGUCGAUUAACUCUGCUGGAUGAUUCAGAGGGACCACGUGAAGGUUUCUGCUGGUUAACGUCUUAG